UUGCACCCGAGUCGACUCCAAACGGCAUUGGCAGGCAAUCUGUGAGUAUGGGAUAUGCGAGUCGAUUCAACGAAGAGAAGCCUUGAUGUACAGAUAGUGAUCCGCAGGAUCCGUCUACCCUAACUGCCACCGUGCUAUCACACAGAACUAUCUCGUCUCCGGUCACCACAAUUCCGACGACAAAUCUCACUACUCGCCAUCGCAGCCCCGCAUCAUGCAGGCACCUCAGCCGGGUGAUCAACUUGAGGGUCGCUUGCGGAGUCUCAUUCUCAAUAACGCCGAAAACAGUCCUCGGGCCUUGCCAACACCGAUCGUCUCUAACCCGACUGAGGGCAGACCUGUGGGCGGGCAGUCCGCAGCCAAGGGAGGAUGGCAGAAUACCAAUCAAGCGCCCGCUGCUACACAACCUAACCCCAAGGCUAGCAAGAAACGCCCAAACCAAGCCCAGCGUCGCCAGAUGCAAACUCAAUUAUCUAUCCCUAUCGACUUAAGAGCACCGGAGCAUAACGAUGCAGGAUCGUCCUCAGCAACCUACCAACAUCGAAGGCAGCGGUCAGCAUGGCAGAGCCCCGAGCAGAACGCGUUGCGCCCCAAUCCAGGCUCACACCGUGGCGGUUCCCAGGGCCGCUCUGCCACGACGAAUAAUCGCCCAUUCCCGCUUCCGCGGCGUCAUAAUAGCGAAGCCGGACAAGCAUCGUCUUCUAUUCCGAGCCACCAUGCUCCCUGGAGACACCAGCAGCCGCCAAACCCCGAUGCAAGAGGCGUAAGCACUGCGCCAGCAGAGCCAUUUCCGCCCCGCCGCCAUCGGCCCUCACAGUCCGUUCUAUACAACCCCGGCGGGCAGCGCCCGCUUACAUUCAGCCAGGAGCAGCUUGCGAAUCAGUCUGGGUUGCUUGACCGGUUAUGCCACACCGUGCUUUCCGACGCUGAGAUCGGGCCUGGCGAGAUUGCUGAGAAGGAAGACUUCCGUGCCCAUGUGGAAGCGAUUUGUCGCGAGAUCAUCAGUCGCUACGAAAUGGAGGCAAAUGGAAAUUUGGAAUUUCAACCUCAGUCGGUUCAGUUGAAGUGUUUCGGAAGCCUUUCCUCUGGGUUUGCGACAAAAGCAGCCGACAUGGACCUCGGGCUCCUCUCUCCCAUGUCGAGAUCGCCACCUGACGCGUUUGAUUCUCCUAUCCCACGCCUGAUCGAGAAAGCGCUGCUGGACCAUGGCUUCGGCGCGCGUCUGCUCACACGAACACGAGUGCCAAUCAUCAAGCUCUGCGAAAAGCCUACCCAGGCGCUCCGUCAGGCGCUCCUAGGUGCACGUGUGAAAUGGGAGAAAGGGCUAGACGACGAUACCCAUGAGGCGGCCGAUGAUGCCCUAGACGACCAAGAAGCCCCAACGGGUACCAGUGCUGCUGUCGUUACUAAAGCCGAGCACCCAUCCCCGAGUAAGCAACAGGAUAGUUUACAGCACCCAUCCGAUGAUACAGUAGUUAAAACAUAUGAGGAGCAACUCGCGUUAUUAAGACAGUCAGAAAACCAGUCUCUCACCACAUUCUAUAACAUCGCCAAACGGCUUUUGCGCCGAUUAAAUGGCAGAGAUGUCACCAUUUCAAAUGCAGCAGAUUUUAAACCUGCUGAUUAUGAGAUUCUCAACGAUGUUUGCAGUGCCUUCAUCAAUGGGCUCAGUGACAAGAGUCUGAAAAGCAGAGUGCAAUCAAUCCCAUCCUUGUUUGUUGACAGCCCGUUGCCUAAUCUCCGGUCACUCCAAGGGGUUUUCAUGAUCAUUGAAGGCGAGAAACAUGUGAUCCUUUGGGAAACACAGGCAAUGGCCGAGGACAGGCAGCGUGACUCGGCAGUCAUUCAAGCAUGGAAAGAUCUCCAAACCAAGCGGACAUUUGGCACGGACCCCGUCAGGUUCAAUCGGGACCUUCACUUGGCUCUCCAAAGACUCCGUCAAGUCCCCUUAGUCCAACUUGUGCAGUUUAAGCAAGACCAAUACGAAUCACCAACACAAUAUCACCAAAGGGCUGCUAAGAUCAUGACUGACCUUGGUAGCAACCCCUCUUUAAACACAGAUCUAUCUACCCAUAUUACUCGACAAUACAUUCUUGGUAUCCGUGACCCGAAUAUUCGGGAAAAGGUUCAAGACUUUACAUCUUCUGUUGGACAGCCAACCUUGAAGACAAUUGCUAGAAAGCACAAGGCCGUUCAUCUUGCUGCUGAAUAUGAGAGGGCAGUUGAGAAAGACUUUUACAACAGGGAGGAUCAUCCAGUCAUCAGACAAUAUAUCCAGAUUCUCCGAGGAGAAUUGCUGCAGCAAGUACCAAACGUCCAUGGAUAUGUCAUCGAUGAGCCCGCCUUUCAUGUUCCAGUUGCUGGAGAUACCAUGGAAAUACUAGAAAAGAUCAAGCAGCUUCCCGACCCAUCCCAGCUAACCCCGAAUCAACCCAGAGACAGAUAUCACGACAAGUUGGAAUUCUCCAAGAGUGGCAUCGGGGUCCAGUGUGAUAUCAACUUCUCAGCACACCUGGCUCUACAGAACACUUUACUGCUCCGCUGCUACUCAUACUCCGACCCCCGAGUCAGGCCCAUGGUGCUCUUUGUCAAGCAUUGGGCCAAGGCACGCGGUAUCAAUACUCCGUACCGAGGUACCCUCAGUAGCUACGGCUACGUUCUCAUGGUGCUCCAUUACCUCGUCAAUGUUGUAGAUCCGUUCGUCUGCCCGAAUCUUCAGCAACUCGCGCCUCCGGACCCGGACCUUCCGGCAGAGGCCCUCGAAGGCCUCACGACUUGCCAAGGUCGCGACGUGCGCUUCUGGAGAGACGAGCAAGAGAUCCAGCGCCUCGCCAUCCAAGGCCGCCUCAACCAGAACGGAGAGUCCCUCGGGUUCCUUCUGCGGGGUUUCUUCGAGUACUACGCGCAAAGCAGCAUGAUGAGCACCGCUCCCAGGCGCGGCUUCGACUGGGGCCGAGACGUCUUGAGCCUGCGAACGCACGGGGGCCUGCUCUCGAAGCAGGAGAAGGGGUGGAUAGGAGCCAAGACGGUCAUGCAGCCGCAGACGGGCGCGCCGCCCAAUCCGGCCGAGGCCGAGCUCGCCAGCGCCUCGAGUCAUGCGCCCGCGGACGGCGCCUCUGCGCAGCAGCAGCCACCCCACCCGGCCGACGGGGGCGCGCCGGCGACUCCGACGGGCCAGCCGCCGCGGCCCGCGGAGCUGAAGGAGGUCAGGCACCGCUUCCUCUUCGCCAUCGAGGACCCGUUCGAGCUGGAGCACAACGUCGCCCGCACCGUCACCCACAACGGCAUCGUGGCCAUCCGGGACGAGUUCCGCCGCGCCUGGCGCAUCGUCAAGCACGCCGGCAAGACCGGGCACGCCGCCGAGGACCUGCUUCAGGACGCCCAGGAGGAGAGCAGCCGGGUCGAGCGCCUUCGCUUCGAGGAGCUCCUCGCCGAGAUCCACGGCCCGCACGUCUUCCCGGACCUGGCCCCGAAUCGGCUGGAGAGCUAGCGGGUCGGCUUUGGGGACGUGGUUUUUUUUUUUCUUUUUUUUUCUUCCC